CGGAACAACGUAAACAAAACUGAGGGGAGAGUCCGUUCAGUCUCACUCCGUCAGCAGAUAUCGCCGUCACUGGUACUCCUGGCUGCUGCUCUGUGGAUAAAAUGGCUUUAAAUAGAUUACAAGAUGCCUCAAGGCCAAUAGAUGCAGAUGACAGCUCAUGCACUGUAGCUAACCUCGUGGAAAUGGACACAUCACCUGGAGGGUUUGAGCUAGUCAAUCCAUACCGGACCAACAAAGUGGACAGUAUGGACUUGGUAGAACUAGCCAAAGAAAUCCAAAAGGCCGACACAUUUGUACACGCUAAUGUAAGCAACAAGCUGCAGGUGAUCACAGAGCAAGUGCGAUUUCUUCAGGAGCAGGCCAGAAGAGUCCUGCAAGAGGCCAAGGAAAAUGCUGACCUUCACCAUGUACCCUGUAACUUUGUUAAAAAGCCCGGUAACAUCUACCAUCUUUACCGACGGCCAUCUGGACUAAAAUACUUCUCUAUUAUCAGCCCUCAGGAGUGGGGCUCAACGUGUCCUCAUGAAUUUCAGGGAUCAUUCCGUCUGGAGCAUGAUCAGUCAUGGACACCAGAGAAUAAGAUGGAUGCCAGAACUAAUGACCAGCUGAUGAUUAACAAGAUCCUGACAUGCUCUAAUACAUUAUCUAUAACCAUGGGCAAAUGAUGGGUUUAAUUUAUAUUUAGAAAAGUACAUUAAAAAGUAUAUGAA